AUGACUUCAGUCGUUAAAGAAGGCUAUAUUGAAAUAUGGUCUGAAGAAAAUAAAUCGUUUCGCCCAAUUUACGCUAAGUUAAAUAGCAAUGGAGAUUUUCAGUGGCAAGAUUCAGCUGAUUCUCCAUAUCCUAUUCGCAGCAUCGACAUAAAAGCCGUUACUGCGUUUCUAGCCUUCGGUGCAGUUCUGAAUCAAGUUCCACGUAAACCACAAUCUUUUACCGAGUCCGACGUUGAUCGAAGCUUUGGUAUUCCGCACGAAUCUAAUCCUGAUACGGCUGUUACAUUUUUCAGAUGUAUUAACAAGACUGAAAUGGGGGCAUGGUUGGAAUGCUUUAACAAAUUGUUGUUUGACAACGUUGGUUCCAGUCAACCACAAAUCGUUUCUCAAAAUGUUUCCGCGGUCUCUGCUGGGCCAUAUGAUUCUUACGGACCUUAUCCUCCCCUUCAACCUAAUUCCGGUCCACCGCCCCUCCCCGGAACAUUUGGUCUUUAUCCUGGGCCAAGCCAACCUGCAGGCUAUCCACCCAUGCAACCCCAACCCAUGGGAGCUCCCUACGGAGGAGUUCCAAUGCAACCAGUACCCUCUGGUGCUUCUUAUGGAGCCUAUCCACAACCACCUAAUGCUUACCCACCUCCAGGAGUUCAGCCUGGGCCUAGUUAUCCGGGUGGCGUUGCUGGCGGUUGCUAUCCAGGGGGCCAGCAAUAUCCUGGUGGCCAUCAGCCAAUGGCGCCUGGUCAACAAGGUCAGAAUGUGAUGUAUGACAAGAAGGGAAAGCCCUAUACCAUUGUCUACAAGAACGGAAAGCCUAAGAAGAAGAAGUGGAAGAAAGCAGCUUUGGGUAAGUUUGAGUUAUGGUUAUAUGGGUGUUUGUUCAUGUUCACUUUGUUGUUUAUGGACUUGAUUGGCUUUCUACUGUGUUAA